AUGCACUUCUCUACCAUCACCGCCAGCCUUCUUGGCCUCGCGCAGCUCUCCUACAGCUCAGCUCUCCCUCCUCGCGCAGAGGACACCGGCUUCGUUGUCUCUCUGACGGCCGCGGACUACUUCCCCGAUGCCAAAGGUGACCUGGCCCCCUUCGACAUCAGCGCCUACUUCGUCAACUACGACGCCGACACCAAGGCCUGGAUGACUGCGCUGGACCCUCAUACGGCCAGCACCGAUGAAGAAAAAGCCCGCAUGCUGACCGAGGCCGCGUACGCCAGGAAGUUCGAUGCUAACGACCCGGACAUGGCCGAGGAUGUGGAGGCCCUGCUGGCCGUUGUAGCGGGCAACACCACCACCUUGGGCCUCGCCAAGCGGUCGAGCUUCUUAACGGACACCAGACACGCCGUGACCUGGGGCGCCUGUGCGGCAUUCUUCUCGUGCGUCUCCGGCACGACCUGCACGUUUGACCUGCAGAUCGGCAAGUCGCCGCGCAGCCAAUGUCAGCAGCAGGGCGGGUCGAACUGCUGCAUUAGCUGGUCCACGUUCAAUGUGCGCGUGGGCUUCUUCUCGACCACCUGGACUACUUGCAACAGUGAAGUACAGGCUGAGGGACUGACCAGCGCUUCUUGUGAGGGCUUCGGCACCAGUGAUCAGGCUGGAGAUUGCAACUUCCUCGACCCAUUCCACUGCUGCCUCAAUCGUAUCUCACGCACCGCCAGCCCAAAAGAGCCAGCCGCCCCCGGCCCCAACACCAGCGCCCCAAGAAGCAAAAGACCCAAGUCUCUCUUUUCCAUAUCCGACAUCUGA